UCUCUUCUCCCGAAUUAGAGAAAACUUUACUCCACAAAAUCUCUAAUCCUAACAAUUCCAAUUUCGUCCAAAUUCAAUCUCAAACCCCCAAUUUCCCCCCCAAAUUUAAUCUCAAAAUCCCGAAUCUCCCCCUAAAUGUAUCGAAUUAGUCGUUCACUAUUCCAAUCUCGAAGACUAAUACAUACACAAUCUCAUAAUCCACCGAGUGAAACAUUAAAGAAAACAGUAUCAGAAAUGAAGAACAAGAAGAAGAAUGUGGCGAAUCGAAGUAAAAAGAAUGAUGAGUUUUUAGUGGAAGUACCAGAAUCAAUGGCUUAUUUAGAUACACUUAAAAUGCCUGUUGUUCUUACUGCUGUUGCUGUCGCUCUAUUCGCCAAAGUUCUAAUGCUGUAUGACGAAUCAAAAUCUCAAGAGAGGAUUGAGCGCAAAAUUAGGAAUGCUCCUGAAGGUCAAGGGACAGUUAGGAUGCUUAGUCCUGAAGAAUGGGAGGAAAUCCAAGAAGUGAGGCCAAGGACUCCUUUCGAAUCCAAGCUUGCUCGCCCAAAUGCACGCUUAAGAACUGAUGAACCUCUUUGUAUGGGGGAUGUCAAAGACUGGGGUAUCGAUGUGCUCACAGAUGCACUUACUAGAGCGGAAGAAAGCGUCAGACGUGGUGCCAAGUAAUCGUUUUGAGUACCCAACUAUGACAACAACUGAAUGUACAUUUCCAAUUCCUGAUGGAGCAUUGAGGACUCGAGCAUGUUAGCCCUAAUAUUGACUAAAGUUGUGCUUUGAAGCAUCAUGGUUAUCUGGAGCUCCUUAUGGUCGUAUGAUUUAAGAAGCAUCAUGAUGAUGGAUCACAUGGUUACCAAAAUACAUACUUGUGGAUUCAAAACUUAUAAGAAAUUCGAUAUUCCAACCACUUGGAUCCUGAAAAAUUUUUGGACAACAUUUUUUUUCAUGUCGCAUUGUUUUUGUCUACAAAUUCUGUACUGUCAGUUGUAUAUAUCCGACAGUGUGAUUAAAGUCCAUGAAAGUACAUUU